AUGGCAACCAUGAAUGCGGUUCGUUUCUACGGCCAACGCGAUAUACGACUUGAACAGAUUCCUGUGCCAUCCAUCAAGCCAGGAUUCGUGAAAAUUGCUCCCAAAUUCUGCGGGAUCUGCGGUUCCGACCUGCACGAGUACCUUGGCGGCGCGAACUUGAUUCCCACAGAGGGGAACCCCCAUCCGAUAACGGGCGAGACAUUACCCCUUACGCUGGGCCAUGAAUUCAGCGGAAUCGUCGAGGAAGUAGGUGAUGGCGUCACAAAUAUCCAGCCCGGUGACAGGGUCUGUGUUCAACCUACGAUAUGGGAUGACAAUUGCCGCGCCUGCAGAAGAGGACUAGUGAACUGCUGUGACAAGAACGGCUUUGUGGGCUUGAGUGGAUAUGGUGGCGGCUUGUCGGAACACGUCACCGUUCCGGGCCACUGCGUGAAGAAGUUGCCAGACAAUAUCUCCCUCGAGGUCGGGGCCCUUGUAGAGCCACUCUCUGUGGGCUGGCACUCGGUGGACAUUUCGCCAUUCAAGGAAGGCAACUCUGCAUUGGUGCUCGGUGGUGGGCCCAUUGGGCUUGCGGUGGUCCAGGCGCUCGUGGGCAGGGGCUGCAAGAACAUCAUUGUGAGCGAAGUCAGCAGUAAGAGGAGAGAGUUCGCAAAACAGUUUGGUGCCCACCACACAAUCGACCCGUCGAGUACGGAUAUCGUGGAAGAAGUGGAGAAGCUUACAGAUAGAGAGGGUGUUGACGUGGGCUACGAUUGUGCUGGGGUUCAGGUCGCCGUUGACACGGCAUUCAAGGCGAUCAAAGCCAGGGGAAUGCUGGUCAACAUUGCUGUGUGGGAGAAACGUGCUGCUUUGAACAUGAAUGAUCUUGUUUUCAGAGAAAGAGCGUAUAUGGGUGUGGCCACGUUUGCACUAGGAGACUUUGAAGCCGUCAUCAAUGCUAUUUCAACUGGCAAAAUCAGUCCAGAAGGCAUGAUCACGAAGAAAAUCAAGCUCAAUGAAGUCGCCGAAGAAGGAUUCAAGACCCUCAUAGAGGACAAGGAGAAUCACGUGAAGAUCCUUGUGGAUGUAGGUUCGGGAAUAUAA